GACAGGACUGGGAAGAAUGGCUGGAGAUGAGACCAAGAACGAAACGAACUAGAGGCCAACGCGUCAGCAUGCCCAUUGCCUCCAUCUCCAUGCCUGCAUCUCUUGCCGCGCCGCCCACCGAUCGGAAACGUGCACGCAUCGUCCCAUCCCAUCCCAUCUCAUCCCGGGAACCAACGUCGCCUACCUAGCUAGCUUUGGCAACGAACCCCUCCGGUCCGGUGCUUCUUCUGCUCCGUCUCUCGUCUCGCUGGGCCUUCUCCCUGCUUCUCCAACCCCAACGCAUAGCCAAAGGCAACCAUGGAACGGCAGGAAGGGGCCAACACGGCGGCGGCCAGGCGGAUGGCCAAGCUCGCCUCCCACCUCACAUCUCAUCCUCAGGUGAUGGAGGUCUCCCUCCUGAGUGGAUCCAAUUGCCGUGCAAAAGGUGCGGCACCAGGAUUUAAGGUUGCAAUCUUGGGUGCAUCUGGUGGGAUUGGUCAGCCACUCGCAUUACAAAUGAAGAUGAACCCUCUUGUUUCGGUGCUCCAUCUAUACGAUGUUGCCAACACACCUGGUGUCACAGCAGACAUUAGCCACAUGGACACUAGUGCUGUGGUGCGUGGCUUCUUGGGCCAGCCACAGUUGAAAAAUGCUCUAACUGGAAUGGAUCUUGUGAUAAUUCCUGCUGGUGUCCCUCGGAAGCCUGGGAUGACAAGGGAUGAUUUGUUCAACAUCAAUGCUGGAAUCGUCCGGACUCUCUGCGAGGGAAUUGCAAAAUGCUGCCCCAAGGCAAUCGUAAAUGUGAUCAGUAAUCCUGUCAAUUCUACUGUUCCAAUCGCUGCUGAAGUUUUCAAGAAAGCUGGGACAUAUGACCCUAAACGUCUUAUGGGGGUGACAACACUUGAUGUAGUGAGAGCAAAUACUUUUGUGGGAGAGGUUCUUGGACUUGACCCCAGAGAUAUCAAUGUUCCUGUGAUUGGUGGGCAUGCAGGAGUUACGAUAUUACCACUACUUUCACAGGUGAACCCUCCCUGCUCGUUCACCCCAGAAGAGGUUAGCUACCUCACUUCUCGCAUACAAAAUGGUGGGACAGAAGUUGUUGAGGCUAAAGCAGGAGCAGGAUCAGCAACUCUCUCAAUGGCGUAUGCAGCUGCUAAAUUUGCAGAUGCUUGCCUGAGAGGACUGCGCGGUGAUGCUGGCAUAGUGGAGUGCUCUUAUGUAGCUUCUCAGGUGACCGAGCUGCCUUUCUUUGCAUCUAAAGUGCGGUUAGGGCGUUGUGGCAUUGAGGAGAUCUUACCACUUGGCCCAUUGAAUGAGUUUGAAAGAGCUGGUCUGGAGAAGGCAAAGAAAGAGCUGGCUGAGAGUAUCCAAAAGGGCGUCUCUUUCAUUAACAAGUGAGGCCAUCUUCAUCUUGGAAUGCCCAGGCCCAACAUAAAAAAUAUAUGUGCUGUGUUUUGGCUUCCUGGAAGCUGCUGUCAUCUUGUAAUCUCUCUGUAAAACUGUGUACAUGCAUGGUACAAAUGAUCUACACGGCUGUACUGAAUAAGAUAAUUCUGGUAAUAAAAGUACCUUAAGAACAAA